UCCUCGUCUCAACCCGCUCUCUUCCCGCCACUCGCUGCCGGCAAACCCCAUGCGCGUCCACGCCGCCCACCUCCUCGUGCCCGCGCCGCCCACGCCGUGCCGCCAUGCCGUCCUCCGCUUCACCGUCUCGGCAUCGGUGAGCGCGAACCCGGCCAACGCCACCCGCAAGCAGGCCGUCAUCGUCGGCGGCGGGCUGGCGGGCCUCGCCGCGGCGACCCACCUGGCCGCCCUCUCAGUGCCCUUCACGCUUCUCGAGGCCUCCGACCGCCUGGGCGGCCGCGUCGCCACCGACGAGGUCGACGGCUACCUGCUCGACCGGGGCUUCCAGAUCUUCCUCACCGCCUACCCGGAGUGCCAGCGCCUGCUCGACUACCCGGCGCUGCGCCUCCAGCCCUUCUUCCCCGGCGCGCUCGUCUACCUCGGCGGCGACUCUCCCUCGUUCCACAUGCUCGCCGACCCCUUCCGCUUCCCCAUCCGCGCCCUCUCCUCGGUCCUCUCCCCCGUCGGCUCCCUCCCCGACAAGCUCCUCGUCGGCCUCACCCGCCUCCGCGCCGCCGCCACCCCGGACGCCGCCAUCCUCUCCGCGCCCGAGACCACCACCGCCACGCACCUGCAGAGGCUCGGCUUCUCGCCGUCCAUCGUGGACCGCUUCCUGCGCCCGUUCCUCGCGGGCAUAUUCUUCGACCCGGCGCUCGACACCUCCUCCCGCCUCUUCCAGCUCGUCUUCAAGCGCCUCGCCCUCGGCGACAACGCGCUGCCGGAGGCCGGCAUCGGCGCCAUCGCCUCACAACUCGCCGACCGCCUCCCCGCGGGCUCCGUCCGCCUCAACGCCCGCGCCACCACCAUCGACCCCUCGUCCGGCGCCGUGACGCUUACCACCGGCGAGACCGUCUCCGCGGCGCUCGGCGUCAUCGUGGCGGUCGAGCAGCCGGAAGCCGAGAAGCUCCUGCCGCAGCAGCUACCAACGAGACCCCCCGCCGCCGAGAGGAGCACCGUGUGCAUCUACUUCUCCGCGGACCGCGCGGCGGUGGAGGAACCCGUGCUGCUCCUCAACGGGUCGGGCGAGGGGAUCGUGAACAACAUGUUCUUCGCGACCAGCGUGGCGCCGUCGUACGCGCCGCCGGGGAAGGUGCUGGUGUCCGUGUCGCUGGUGGGCUCCUUCGCCGGCCGGGAGGACGCGGAGCUGGCCGGCGAGGCGGUCCGGGAGCUCGGCGGGUGGUUCGGGCCGGAGGAGGUUGCGUCGUGGGUGCACCUCAGGACGUACCGCAUCGGGUUCGCGCAGCCGGACCAGACGCCGCCCACGGCGCCGGCGGGGCGGGAACCCAGGCUCGGCGACGGCGUGUACGUUUGCGGGGAUCACUGGUGUUCGGCCACCUUCGACGGCGCAAUGGUGUCCGGGAGGAGGGCGGCCGAGGCUCUAGCCCAGGACAAGGGAUUAUCUAGUGCCUAGGCUUAUUUGGUUGAGAUGUCUUGUCGAGCUGAGCCCAGCAAAAUGGUCUCCGUGU